GACGUUACAGUACAAAACAAAAUAAGUUGUUUUUGUAUUAUCUUUUUUGAUUCCAUCGUAGCAUAUAAAUAAUGUCUGAAUCAGACUUUGAAAUUGAAUAUUUAGAUGAGGAUGAAGAAGUUGUACAGCAAUGCGUGCAAGCAACAGGAAUUGCUGAUAGCUCUGUGCCCGAUGCUUUGAAUAGAAUACCGGCAUCUCCUAAGUAUGUUGUGGAACUACCAGCACCGGAAUCUAGCUCAGGUUCUCUGCUUGUGGAACGAACACCUGUGGCAAGAUCUUAUAAGCGAAAAAAGCCGAGAGAUGACGACGACUCUGACUAUGACCCAACUGAUGAUUUUGAAGUGCCUGGUCCGCGUCGUUAUAAAAAGAAGAUGCAAACGUCGACCCCACGACCACCGACGACUGUCGAGCGUAAACCAAGGGUUACCCACAUCACGAAUAAAAGAGACGAUUUAAAGUUUAGAAGAACUUUGGGCUUGAAAAUUCCAAACUUUGAAGAUCCUCUUUGCUUGCCCGUGAAAGCAGUUUUGAAGGAUGAAAGUGACGCAAGAAAAUUGAGAAAUUGGAAUAAUUUGUGCUUGAACCAUUAUAGGAAUCAUGACACUACUUUAAAGCCUGAUGCUGGAGAAACAGUGGGCUCUCAACGAACUGUAGUGUUGAGGAAUGUCAAAAAUAAAUUAACAGGCAAAAGUGAAACAACAAUAUGGGGCAAGCUGACAGUGCAGAGCGAAACUGACAAGAAAUCUGAAGUGUUCCAAUCUGUACUACCCAAAUACAGAGAGGCCAAAGUCCUGGACUUCCCGGUGACUGCAUCCAGGAAGGGAAAGAGUGUGCGGAAUGUGGACACAGUUGUGCUUGUCAAGGAGGAUGAAAAAGAGGAGACGCUUGUGGUCUACAAGCCUAAGCAAGCUCUUAGUGCCAUCUAUAAACUAAUUGAGGAAACAAAUGAAACAGAGGACCCCAACAAGGAAGACGAAAAGAAGAAGUACCUUAAGGAACUAACAGCUUGCAAAUUAUGUGCCCCCUGUUACCAAGGCUCAUGGCGCGGCUACAACAAGACUGAUAAUAAGAAAAAGAGUGUGACCUGCCCAAUUUGCGAGCGAACAUUCGUGAGCGUGUACAACCUGCUCGCGCACGUGAAGACACACAGCAGCGAACACGUGAAGCGCUACAAAAAGGCGCUCUCCAGGACCCUGGCUAGUGUGGUGGAGUACCAUUAUAAGUGCCGCAUUUGCAACGAGAAGUGCUCCAGCAUCAGGGAUCUUCGCAGACACGUCCUCACUCACCAAAGUCUUGAGCAGUUCCAAUGUGAAGCAUGCAACCGCGUAAUAAGAAAUGACUUUACUAUGUAGCUGGUGACCGCCUACUACUAUGUAAGUGCAAAUUAAUCUUAUAAGUACCUAGG